AUGCGGUCGAGCUCCGUAUCGAUACCAGUGCUUGCAGCCGCAUUGGCCGCUACGUCGUCCGCUCUCGACUUCGGCGGCGAGAACGAUGUCACGCAGACAGCGGGCACUGUGGCGCCCGACCAAGCAGCAGAUAGCAGUGUAACGUUGCCUUCCGGGGGCAAUGGCUUUGGGAACUUCGGGCCCCCGACGACGACGACAUCGACUCCCGCUGGUGAACAGCCUUCUGGCCCUGGUAACCAAGGCUGGCCCCAAGAGCAAGGAGGGUGGCCGUCGCCAGCGUCCUACUGGAACCCGCCUGGUGGUGAUCAACACUGGGCCCAGCACGGAGGAUGGAAGUCUGGCUCGGCAGCGUAUUGGACCCCACCAGGUGGCGACGGAACCCUGGGCGUAGACUGCAGCGGGUCUGGCGAAGGAGGGUGGACGCCUCCAGGUGGGGAUCAAGGGUGGGGCACGCUGAGCGUCGACUGCAGCGGCUCGGGUGAUGGUGCGUGGACACCUCCGAGCGGUGAGGAGACGCUGGGCGUUGAGUGCAGCGGCUCGGGCGAAGGCGGAUGGAAUGGCGAGCAAGGGUCUGAGACUCUGGGUGUCGACUGCAGCGGGUCGAGCGCUGGGGGGUCAGUGUCAGGGACCGGAGUCGGGUCGAACGCAGUGGAGGGCUCACAAACGACGCAAGCGUCCGGUAGCACUGAAACCGCCUCGACGGCUUCCAGCGGGACGCAAGACCAAGGUUCUCAGCCCUUAAUGGAUACGUCUUCGCAGCUGUCAAGCAGCACCGAAGACCACGAGGGUGCGUCCGAUGCAGCAACUUCUGCAGCGACUAAUACGGAGUCGAGUGUGGGUGCCGACUCGGAUCAACGGACCAUGCUGCGGUCGUCGACCACCGCGACAAGCUCCGACAGUGAGACCAGCCAACAAGAGCAGGCGUACGCUUCGCCCACUCAAAAGGACGUUGUCGCCUAUACCUCCACGUGGGGGGCUCCUGUUGUCAAGGAGACCGGCAGCAACUACACCAGCGCCAAGCCCACCUUCGGCAAGAUCACGUCAAAAUCUGGCGAGUGCGUCAUCGCCACUCCGACUGAGUACAUCACCGAGAAGGACUUGGACUGGGUGUGGCAGAACCGCAUCGGCCCCAACGCAGCGCCCGCGAAGGACAAGAACUGGAACGUCAUGGCCAACAAGAACUUCCUCAUGGACAAGCUGGUGCACAACAAAGGCUCCAUCAACUACUGCGUGCGCUGGGACGCCAAGACCAAGCUCGACAAGAACACGGCGUCCAAGUUCCAGGCCAUCCUGGAGCGCCACUUCAACGCGUGGAACGACUGGCUGGUCGGCUACAACUGCUGGCCGUUCACGAGCGUCAAGGUCAACAUGGUGGGCUGGGCUGCGAAGCAGGCGUCUCAGUUCGGUUGGGCCGACGAAUCGCUCGGUAAGAUCUACGAGGGGGGUAUAUCCUUGUCCGACAAGGCGCCGCAGUGCCCCGACGAGUGCUACCGCUUCUACGACAAUGUGAACAACGUGUGGUCGGACACGAGCGCGUGUCAGGGCGAGCCGUUCGACGUCUCGUUCUGGCUUAAAGAGGACAUCCCGUACGGCUUCGGCUUCGACUGGGGCCAGGAGGUAAGCCUCAACAACACGAUGCAGAACUUGUACAGCAGGAACAUCAUGUUCAUCGGCCACGAGAUCGGCCACGGCUUCGGCCUGCCGGACUUCUACGAGCCGGAGGAAAAACCCAGGGAGGACUUCCCCAAUUCCAUCAUGAUGGCGUACAGCUCGACCACGAUCAUGCCGAGCGACGGCUGGAUGCUGCGUCGCAUCCUCGACCACGUCCGAGCGCGCUACAAGUUUUAA